AUGGCUAUCCAAAUCCCCAUUGACGCCAUCACCUCGCGAUUUGGCGAUCGCUUUAACAACAUCCGCAGCCAGUCCCUGGGAACCCGCUUUGCCAACCUGCGCCCGGUCUCAGAGUUCUUCGAUGUAAAGCGCUUGUCAAAGCCCGCCAACUUCGGCGAAAUUCAAAGCCGUGUCAACUACAACCUCUCCUACUUCUCCAGCAACUAUGCCGUCGUCUUUGUUAUGCUCAGCAUCUACAGCCUGCUGACCAACUUCGUUCUCCUGUUUGUUAUCAUCCUCGUUACAUGCAGUCUGUACGGAAUUGGUAAACUGGAAGGUCGCGAUUUGGAUGUUGGUUUCCGUCGUUUCAACACUUCUCAGCUCUACACUGCGCUGAUCUGUGUCGCCGUACCCCUGGGUCUCUGGGCGUCGCCCUUCGCGACGGUCCUCUGGCUCAUCGGCGCAACUGGCGUGACUGUCUUCGGUCACGCUGCAUUCAUGGAUAAACCUAUCGAGAAUGCUUUUUCCGAGGAGGCGGUCUAG